UUAAAAGUCAAAUGCAAAUCAGAUUUUCCUCUCCGCGUGCACUAAUGUAGACAUUUUGACGUAGGGAUUAGCGUUCAGUUUGCUUAGUUGACUUAAAUUCGAAGCAACAUCUCUUCUUGCUCUUCGUAUGGUUGUGUUUCCUUCUCACUCAUUUCCGCUCUCGGUUUGGCUUAAAACGCUGGAAGGUGUGGCCUGGAUGCGCCAUCCAUUGUGCGCUUUAAUGCCAAACAGUAAACUGUGAAGAGAAGCGUCUCUGUGGCUGGUUAGUGCACAUUUGUUUGUUUGUUGUUGUUUUUUUCUUUAUUUCUUUCUUCCUUUCCUUUUUUAAACCAUUAACCUAUCGACAAAAAAACUUUACAGGCUCGUCAAAAGAUUUAUUUCUUUAUUAUUAUUGUUGUUAUUAUUUCCACCUGUGGCUUUUCUAAUCGUCGCCCUCAGCGGAAUAAUAAUAAUAAGAAGAAGCUGUGCAGAUCUGAGCUCCGCGCGUCUCUCGUACAGAACUCUGAUUGAAGUUUAAGAAGGGGGGAAAAAACAACAGAAAAAAAAGAAGAACUAACCGAGAAAGGAUCGACUCUUGGUUUUUGGCAGCAGCCAGCGAUUUCUCCUGUGCAUCAAUGCGCCUCUCGCUGCGUGCGUAAACCGCUGGUGGAGGAGGAUGCUCACAGCAUGAGACGCCAUGGCAUGGUGUGACCGAGGGGUUCAGACUCUGUUGGCCAUCGCGGGGGCCUUCGCCGCUUUCAGCCUGAUGACCAUCGCCAUCGGCACCGACUACUGGCUCUACACCCGGGCGUACAUCUGCAACGCCACCAAUGUCACCGCUGACGACACCCAGAUGCAAACCAAGAAAGUGAAAGGGGACCUGACGCACUCCGGACUGUGGAGGAUCUGCUGUAUCGAAGGUAUCAACAAGGGAAGCUGCUUUUGGAUCAAUCACUUUCCAGAGGAUAACGACUACGAUACAGACAGCUCAGAGUACAUCUUACGUAUAGUCCGCGCAUCGAGCCUCUUUCCGAUUCUCAGCACAGUCCUCCUGAUGCUGGGCGGCCUGUGUGUCGGAGUUGGACGUUUAUACACCAGGAAGAACAACGUCUUGCUCAGCGCAGGCAUCCUGUUUGUGGCUGCAGGCCUCAGCAACAUCAUCGGCAUCAUUGUUUACAUCUCCAGCAACGCCGGGGACCCCAGCGACAAGAAAGAUGAGGACAAGAAGAACCAGUACAACUACGGCUGGUCCUUUUACUUCGGCGCCCUCUCCUUCAUCGUGGCGGAGUCGGUGGGCGUACUCGCCAUCAACAUAUACAUCGAGAAGAACAAAGAGACGCGAUUCCGGGGCAAGCGGGACUUCAUCAAAGCCACCUCGUCCUCUUCGCCGUACUCCCGCAUACCGAGCUACCGUUACAGACGGAGGCGUUCGCGUUCCAGUUCCAGAUCGACCGACCGGUCCCGCGAAGCUUCCCCCGUGGGAAUGAAGAUGGGCGGUGGGUCUGGAGGCGUGGGGCUGGGCAUGGGUCUGCCCAUGGGGGAUAUAUCCAUGUACACUCUGAGCAGGGACCCUCUGAAGGGUGGAAGUGGGCCCACGGGGCCAUACAGCCCCGAGAGGAAUACCGGGUUUUUACAAGUGCACAACUGUUUCCAGAAGGACGUGAAAAACGGGGCGAACCGGAGGACGACCCCCGUAUGAGGCCUGGAUCUCCUUCCUGGGUUGAGCGGUGCAUUUUCUUAAAUGUUGCACCGCUGAUAAGAAACAACAGUUUGUCACGCGACACAUCACAAAGUGUGUGGGAGUAUGAUUUUAUUAUACGCCCAGGUGAAAGAGGUGGGACAGUUUACAUUCCAAGAACAGAAUUAAGUUUACAAAACUACAUGAGCUUCUCUAGCAUCAUAUUUAAGGGGGCAGUAUUAUGCAUUUUCCAGGCACAUGGAGCCUGGAAACAUAAAACAUGACUUUAAAGAAAUUUUACUUUCUUACUAAUUACUAAUUUAACACCUUGAAAUUGGGCGUCUGUCUCUUUAAAAACUUCAGCCUUUUCUGAAACUCCGCCUUCAGGUAGUCAUUACAAUGUUGCUCCUCUUUUAACCCUUUAAUAACGUUUUUAACCACCAUUUCACAGAGAAAUGACUCCUAUAAUGAGGACAGCUAAUUGCUGCUGGCUAGUCUGAAGGUGCCAAGUCUUCAGGUAGGGCAGGUUUGCUGUGUGAGGCAGAAGCUGAGAAACUGCGGCUCCGAGAAGGAGCUUCUCAAAGGCGGACCUGGGUCUAUCCAGGCGUUUUGAACAGCUGAACGGUUGCCACGGGAGAUUAAAGGAUUUCUCAAACGUGCAUUUCUGGUAUGUUUAUGAUGAGGGAAUAACAUUAUAAGAUGAUAAAAAGCUCAAAAAAUGUUGAUUUUACUUAAUACCGCCCUUUUAAAUAGUGGCCUCAGGCAGAUACUGUAUAGCAUUGUUUCAUGAAAGUCACGUUAAAAUAUUUUAACUACUCGGACAGACGAAGCUCAGAGAUUGUUCUCUGAAGGCGAUUGAUUCAUGGGAAAAAAGAGCAACUUUUACAGACUUGAUUCUGAUUUUGAUUUCAGUUCAAAGCAUCAAAAUAUUUUUUGUGUUUUUCUUGUGAACUACUGUUUUGAAAAUUAACCGCUUUCACUGUUUUGAUGUAAUAUUGUUUUUGUCUCCAGUAUUUGGUUUGCUCAUAUUUUGUGGCCUCUAUCAAAGACGUCUUAUGCUGAUAUUUAGCAGAGUUUCAAAUUUAGGUUGUAGUUUCAAAAACACAGACGGUGCUAACUUAUUCCACUUAGCUCUACGAUUUAAACGCUUUCACCGUAUCUCAUUAAUCUUUUAUGGCGCUUGAGCAGAAGUCACGUGAUCAGUGUGUGCGUUGUAAGUGUGUGGGAGUAUGUGCUUGUGUGUUUAGUGACUCCGAACGCAGCUUAAGUAAAUGAAACUAUGGAUUUGUGUAAAUAAAUGUGAAUGAAAAUGCUGGUAAUGAUGACGUACAUUCCAACUCGCUGCGCAGGUUUCUGGUGUAAAUGUUAUUUACGAAGGCCUGCCUGUGUAGUUUGCUCUCAAUGUGCUCAGGGACGAUGCCUGGAACCAACGAGUUCCUCACUGAAGCCAGACAGACUGUUACAUUUGGUUUGUGUGAAAACAACAAAAAUAAAAUACGGUCAUACUUUUAGGGAUGUUAACAAAUGAGGAGAUAUUUUUUGGCAUUUUUUUCCCCCCCAGAGUGUUUAAAAGAAACCAAUGUCUUACGUGCAGCGGAUUGUGGAGAUUUAAGCUAAUAAUGGCUAUUUAGAGCAGGAUCUAUUCAAGAGCAAAUCUCUCACCCAAAGAUAUUUCCUAGCUACUUUAGGGAAUGUGAUAAUUAUUGUUCAUAUCCUAAAGAUGAUUUUCCAACAAGACAAAUCCAGUUGUUUCCAUGUGUGGCUCUGAAGCUCCACACAAUUUGGUAUUCAUCAGGUUAGCCUCACUCUUUAUUUUAGUACCUAAUACAGGGAAACAAAAGCAACAUGAUAUUUUCUAGGCAGAUUAUGGA